AUGGCUCAAGAACAGUUGCGCAUUCUCAUUGUCGGCAAUGGUGGACGUGAGCAUGCGUUGGCCUGGAAGCUGAGCCAGUCCCCCCGCGUCGAGAUCGUCUAUGUCGCUCCCGGCAACGGUGGUACCGCCCAGGGUGCCUCUCCCAAGAUCACCAACGCCGAUGUCAAGGGCAAUGAUUAUCCCGGCCUUGUGGCUUUCGCUCAGAAGAAUGGUGUCAACCUGGUAGUCCCCGGCCCGGAGGCUCCCCUUGUCGAUGGUAUUCAAGGAUAUUUCCAGGCAGUCGGUAUCCGUUGCUUCGGACCUUCCAAGGCUGCUGCCCGCAUGGAAGGCUCCAAGACCUUCUCCAAAGACUUCAUGAAGCGCCACAACAUCCCCACCGCCGCGUACCAGAACUUCUACGAAUAUGAGCCUGCCCGCCAGUACCUCGACUCCGUGACUCACCAGGUUGUCAUCAAGGCCGACGGCCUGGCUGGUGGCAAGGGCGUCAUCAUCCCCACCACCAAGGAGGAGGCCCAUCAAGCGCUCCGGGAAAUGAUGCUGGAUCAUCAGUUCGGUGAUGCGGGUAAUGAAGUCGUUAUCGAAGAGUAUCUUGAGGGUGAUGAACUCAGUGUACUCACUUUCACUGAUGGCUAUACCAUCCGAUCCCUGCCCCCAGCGCAGGACCACAAGCGUAUCUUCGAUGGUGACCAGGGUCCCAACACUGGUGGUAUGGGCUGCUAUGCCCCUACUCCUAUCUCUUCGAAGGAAGUUCUGGAGGAGAUCGAUCGCACCAUCAUCCAGCCCUCGGUCGAUGGCAUGCGUAAGGAUGGUUUCCCCUUUGUGGGUAUUCUUUUCACUGGUCUGAUGAUGACCAAGGACGGCCCUAAGGUCCUCGAAUACAAUGUUCGUGGCGGAGACCCAGAGACCCAGACUCUGCUGCCUCUCCUCAGCGACGAUACCGACUUGGCACAGAUCAUGGUUGCCUGCACAGAGCACUGGCUCGACGGUGUGGAGAUGAAGGUGAAAACCGACUUCUCCACCACCGUGAUCGCCGUGGCUGGUGGUUACCCCAACUCCUACGCCAAGGGCAAAGCUAUCACCCUGGACGCCGUGCCCGAAGGCACCUUGAUCUUCCAUGCCGGAACCACUCUCUCCGGCAGCGAGCUUCAGACGAACGGUGGCCGUGUGAUUGCCUCGACCGCGACAGCAUCCAGCCUUGAGGAAGCCGUCCGCAAGAGCUACGCCGGCAUCUCGACCAUUCACUUUGAGGAUAUGUUUUACCGCAAGGACAUUGCUCACCGGGCCUUCAGACAGCGCGAUGCCGCCGCGUCCCAGACGCAGGCUCUCACAUAUGCCUCGGCUGGCGUGUCGAUCGACGCCGGCAACGACCUCGUCAACAAGAUCAAGAGCUGCGUCGGCCGCACGAAGCGCCCUGGUACAGACGCCGUGAUCGGUGGCUUCGGCGGCCUCUUCUCGCUCCCCGCCGCCAACUCGGCCUACCACCCCCUGUCCCCCACGCUGAUCGGAGCGAUCGACGGCGUCGGCACCAAGCUCAAGAUCGCCCACACCGUGGGCGUACACGACACCGUGGGUAUUGACCUGGUGGCCAUGAACGUCAACGACCUGGUCGUCCAGGGCGCCGAGCCUCUGUUCUUCCUCGACUGCUACUCCUGCGGCAAGCUGGACGUCGAGGUGGCGGCCGCGUUCGUGACCGGUGUCGCCGACGGCUGCGUGCAGGCAGGCUGUGCGCUGAUCGGCGGCGAGACGGCCGAGAUGCCCGGCCUCUUCAUCGACGAAACCUACGACGCCGUCGGUGCCGCCGUCGGCGCCAUCAACACCGUCGGCGAGAACGCCCGGGCCAUCCUGCCCGUCACCUCGGCCAUGCAGCCCGGCGACGUCCUGCUCGCUCUGGCCUCGUCCGGCCCUCACUCCAACGGCUACUCACUGGUCCGCAAGAUCGUCGAGCGAUCCGGCCUGAGCUACACCGACCCCGCCCCCUUCACCAUGCCCUUCUCCACCUCCUCCGACGCCGUCUCCCUCGGCCGCGCCCUCCUCACCCCCACCCGCAUCUACGUCAAGCCCAUCCUCAAGGCCCUGGGGAUCCCCGCGUCCAGCGGCGCCAGCGGCGUCUCCGCCAUCAAGGGUCUCGCCCACAUCACCGGCGGCGGCCUGACCGAGAACGUGCCCCGCAUGCUCCCCUCGACUCUCUCUGCGCACAUCAAGGUUGACGCCUGGCCGCUGCCCGCCGUCUUCGCCUGGCUGAAGAAGAACGGCAACGUCUCGGCCACCGAGAUGGCGCGCGCCUUCAACUGCGGUGUCGGCAUGGUCAUCGUCGUCGAGAAGGAGUCCGCCGCCGCUGUCAAGGACCUCUUCGAGAAGGAAGGCGAGAUCGUCUACGAGGUCGGUGAACUCCAGCCCCGCCAGGCUGGUGAUGAGGGUUGUGUGCUUGCGGGCCUGGAGAGCUGGGAUGCGUAA